AAGAGAUAAAGAAUAUAUCAUGAAAAACUAUAUAGUAUGUUUUUAUAGGUUCAAAACGGUGACGCAAGCGUGCGUUUGACUCUGUCUUUAAAACCACCACCACUCACUUCCUUCCCCCACCUUUCACUACAAUAGCAUCAUCAUCUCUAACUUUUAUUUUCCCGCAUUUUUCUCGUCACAUUUUCUCCGAUUCUUCACCUCUCGAAAGAAACGAUGGGGAGAGAUGAAACCGAGACGUACAUUACGGUGCCCAGCUUCUUCAAGUGUCCGAUAUCUCUCGACGUGAUGUCAUCUCCCGUCAGUCUCUGCACCGGCGUCACCUACGAUCGUCCAAGUAUCCAGCGGUGGCUCGACGGAGGCAACAACACUUGCCCCGCCACUAUGCAGAUCCUCAAAUCCAAGGAUCUCGUUCCUAACCUAACUCUCCAACGCCUUAUCAAAGCCUGGUCCGACUCCGUCGGUAGCUCCGCCGUUAACUCUCCGGAUCCGGCGUCUGUUAGAGAGAUUCCGACGGUGGAAGAAGUGAAUGAUUCGUUGACGAGACUAACUAUCGAGAAAGACGAAGAGAUUCGUUUAGAGAUUCUGUUACGAAUCGUUCGAUUCGUUAAGGAUAGGGACGCGAAUAGAGAGUUUCUCUAUAGAAAAACGGAUCUCGUACCAAUGCUCGUCGAUAUCGUGACGACGGCGAAGAAGAUUAAGCUAGUUUCUACAGCGAUUAAGAUUUUGGAUAUUAUAAUCGAGAAAGGUAACGAGAGAGAUCGAGAACGGUUAUCGAAUUUAACGUUAACCAACGGUGGAGAUUUCUUGAAGGCGAUUCACCUCGCGAUCCAGCGCGGGGAGAUUGAAUCGAAGAUCGAAUCCGUUACGGUUUUGGAAGUUAUCUCCUCCGUCGAUACGAAAUCGAAGAUGAUGAUCGCGGAACGCGACGGGAUUCUAACGGAGGUGAUAAAAUCAAUCAGCACAGAGACGGAUCCUAAUUUGAUCGAAGCGAGUCUAUCGUUCCUAAUCACAAUCUCGAAAUCGAAACGAGUGAGAUCGAAACUAAUCGCCGCGAAAACGAUCGCGGAGAUCAAAGACAUUCUCCUCACGGAGGAGACGAUAACCGUCGCGGUGACGGAGAAGUCUCUGAAGCUGUUGGAGACUUUUUCGUCGAAGCGGGAAGGUAGAUCGGAGAUUUGUAGCGGUGGAUGCGUGGAGGGAGUGGUGAAGAAGCUGUUGAAAAUAUCGACGACGGCGACGGAGCACGCCGUGACGAUUUUGUGGUGUUUGUGCCACGUGUUUAAGGAAGAUAAGACGGUGGAGGAGACGGUUGAGAGGAGUAACGGCGUGACGAAGCUGUUAGUGGUGAUUCAGAGUAACUGUUCGCCGAUGGUGAGACAAAUGGCGAAGGAUUUGAUUAAGGUUUUGAAGGUUAAGUCAUCUGCUUCCGCUUUGGCUGCUUACGAGACCAAGACCACACAUAUUAUGCCAUUUUGAUUUUUUUUGUUAUAAUGAUCUUUUUUAGUCGAGUAUAUGUUACACAGUCAACUGUUUUGAACGUAGAUAUCGUGUAAAUCAAUUUUUGCUAGUGUGAUCAAUUUUACUAAUAUUCAUUUUUUUCCUCUCGCUUCUGGUUAGUUUCACCGAACAC